AUGGCGAGAUCGUGCUCUAUCUGGACGCCUGUUUUGAUCUCACUUUCUCCGAUGACCGGAGAAUCACCUAAAAUUUCCCGGCGCCGGGUGAUUUUAGCCACAAGCGUAGGUUCUCAUCAGCCUUUACUUACAGCAAACAUUAAGGAACCGAAGAAGCUUCAAGCCCUUGAUUCCAAAGACAUUUCCAGAAGAAACACCAUGUUGUAUCUCACGGCUGGAUUUCUUGGAGGGAUCAACUUUUUCCAAGGUGAAGCCGCAGAAGCUCGAGUAGGGAGAAACGAGAACAGAAGGAAAGCAUUGGAGAAGCUGCGGGCGAAAGCGAAAGAGUCAGAGCCCAACAAGUCAGGAAACCAAAAGAUAGAGAAAGAGUUAGAGAGAGAUGAAGUGUUUCCUUUACUUCCUCCACCUGCUGUGGUGGAAGCAAACUUGCUGCAAUAA